AUGGAUUACGGCGGCUGCGAGUACCUUGUCCCCUGCGGAAAAGACAAAUACAUCUCCAAAAAUGAGCUGCUCUUACACUUGAAGACGUACAACAUCUACUACGAAGGGCAAAAUUUGCAGCUGCGGCACCGGGAGGAGGAAGGUGAGCUCAUUGUGGAGGGGCUGCUGAACAUCUCCGGGGUCUUGCGGCGACCCAUCCGCCUGCAGAUGCAGGACGACAACCAGCGCAUCCGUCCUCCACCCUCCUCUUCCUCCUGGCACUCCGGCUGCAACCUGGGAGCCCACGGGUCCGUGCUGAAGCCCAGCACCUUGCCGGACAUCCAGGUUACGGAUGCGGAGGCCACGCCGAACGCAGAGGCUCCCGGGAGCGGCGCAGGCACCACCAGAUUGCAGCCGGAGGAGACGCCGCAGCUGAUGCGGACGCGGAGCGACGUAGGUGUACGGCGCCGCGGCAGCGCCCGCACUCCCAGCGAGCAGCGGCGCAUCCGCCGGCACCGCUUCUCCAUCAACGGGCACUUCUACAACCAUAAGGUGAGCCCCGAACACGGCUCCGUCACCAACGUCCGGAUAAACAGCACGAUGACAACCCCCCAGGUCCUCAAACUGCUGCUCAAUAAAUUCAAGAUUGAAAACUCGGCGGAGGAGUUCGCGCUCUACAUCGUCCACACCAGCGGAGAGAAGCAGAAGCUGCGAGCCAGCGAUUACCCCCUGAUCGCCCGCAUCCUGCAGGGCCCCUGCGAACAGGUCUCCAAGGUCUUCCUCAUGGAGAAGGACCAGGUGGAGGAAGUCACCUACGACGUUGCUCAGUACAUCAAAUUUGAGAUGCCCGUCCUCAGGAGCUUCAUCCAGAAGCUGGAGGAAGAGGAGGAUCGCGAAGUGAAGAAGCUAAUGCACAAAUACUCCAUCCUCCGGCUGAGGAUCAAGCAAAGGCUGGAGGAGAUCUCCGAAGGUCCAACGGCGAUCUCCCGGCCCUGCGUUAUCCAGCCCGUCGAAGCCCAUUUAUCCCUCCCCGCGCAGGAGGGGGGUACGAGUGACGUUGGCUCCGCGUACCGGAGCUUUAUCCGCCGGGAAAAGUCUGAUGUGAGUCAAGCCCAGCGGGCGCAGACGGGAAGAGCCAUCACCGGCGCGGCCCCGGGUGCGCGG